AUGGCGGCGCCCGUGGGCGAUUUGAAUGCGUCGCUUCUCCAUCCGUCUCCGGGCGGAGACGGUUCCUUCUCUUCGCUCUCUUCGCCAGAGCUGUCGCAGUGGCAGCCAAAUGCAGAGCACACUGCGGAGAUUGUCGCGCUCUUUGAGAAGGCCGGCUCGACGGACAACGUCGUCCAGCAGCAGGUAGCACAGGCGUUUCAGACGCUGAAUGCGAUGGUGGACGCGCCCUGCUACUUGACAGAAAUCCUCUCGUCUCCGCAGUUUUCCACAGACAUUCGACAGCUCGCGGGGCUGACGUUGAAGAGCAAUCUCCAGCAGAAGCAGCCGCACUCGCUCCCCGCCUUUGUCUCGCUGUACAUUCGGCCGCGCCUCCUCGCGGCGAUCGAGGAGAACGAGAAGAGCGUGCGCUCCGCAGCAGGCUCCGCCAUCACCUGUCUCCUGUCCCUCGAGGGCGUCGGCACCUGGCCCGAGGCGCUACAGCGGCUCUUCCAGCUCCUCGACGACCCGCGCGAGGACGUCGUCGACGGCGCCUUCUCGGCGCUCUCGAAGAUCGUCGAAGACGCCUUUCCGUCGCUUCUGUUCCUCUCUUCGCACGCACGCGGCUUCGGAGCCUCUGCCGAGGGUGGAAGCCUCAGCCCCAACGAGGCCCAGGGCGACGCUGCGCGGGUCGGCGCCGCCGGCGACCGCGCAGGAAAUCCGAGCUUCAACGGCCAGGGGCUCAGAGACGCCCAGGAGGGGCGAGUGGCCGAGCGGGAGGGCGGGGCGCGCGGAGUUGGAGCAGAUGAAGAAAUCCUCGCGCAGUUCUGCAACGGUCACCUCCUUCCCAAGUUGUUCACGCUCGCUCUCCCGCCACACAAACCGACCGUCCGCAAACACGCCAUCGCGUGUCUGGGUCACUUUGCGCAGAACCGCGCCUUCGCCCCGCAGGAACUCUUCGAGGCUUUCUUUCCUCAGUAUUGGCAACUUCUGGGCCAACUCGCGCAAGAAUCGGAUGCCGAGAUGACGCGCUUCGUCGUCCAAGGAAUGGUCCAAGUUGUGGAAGUACGCCCAGACGUGGUGUUCAACAUGACGAGCGGGGAGGCAGUUUUGUCUUUCGUGGUCCGUUGCUGUGGCCACGAAGACUACCGUGUGCGCCUCGACGCCGUCGAGUUCUGGCCCGUGCUGCUGCGAGACUCCGGGUACCACCAGCCGCUGCACGACUACCGCGAUCACGCCCUGGAGCUUCUCCGGCGUCACUUGCCGACGCUGUUGCCGCUGUUGGUGAAGAACACGACUUACCACGAGUACGACUACCUCUGCAUGGACCCGUCGCAGCUGGAGGACGACAACGCGGAGGUCGCAGACGAGGCUCGGGACAUCAAGCCUCGGUUCCACCGGCAGACGGGCGGGGCCGGCGAGGGCGCGUGCGAGGAAGACGAGGAGGAGGACUCGCGAGGCACCUGGGGCGACGGCUGGUCGGUGCGGAAAGGCAGUGCUCUGGCCCUGGACCACAUUGCGUCGGUGUAUCGCGAAGCUGUCUUGCCUGAGGUCUUGCCGUUGAUUGAGGCGAGCCUCGUGGACGCGAACUGGGAGCGGCGGGAGGCCGCCGUCCUGGCGCUCGGCGCCCUCGCGCAGGGAUGUCAAGACAGCUUGGAGCCGUACCUGCCGAACGUGUUGCAGUUUCUGCUGAACCUGUGCGACGACCCCAAGCCUUUGCUGCGGAGCAUCUCGUGCUGGUGCGUGAGUCGGUACGCCGCCUGGAUCUGCCGCCACGAAGAACAGUUCCUGAAGCCGGUGCUCGUGCAGAUUCUGAAGCACGUGCUGGACCGGAACAAGCGAGUGCAGGAGGCCGCGUGCUCCGCCUUCGCAACCGUUGAGGAAGAAGCCUCGCUGCUCCUCGCGCCGUAUCUCCCGGACAUCCUCUCCACGCUGAAGCAGGCCUUCUGCUUCUACCAGACGAAAAACCUGCUCAUCCUGUACGACGCCGUCGGUACCCUCGCCGACUCCGUCGGGUCCGCCCUCGCCACCGAGGCCUACAGCCGAGAAAUCAUGGAACCGCUCUUUGGAAAAUUCCAAAACAUCAACAACUUGCAAGACCCCGGACUCAUCGGCCUCUUCGAAUGCGUCACCAACUGCGCAACCGCUCUCGGUGCAUAUUUUGUGCCGUACGCUCAAGCGGUCACUGAGCGCUGUGUGUGGAUUCUCAUGGAGUCUCUCACGCAAGUCGACCGAUUCGAGAAGGGCGAGCAGGCAGAACGCCCGUCGAGGGAUUUGAUCGAGUCCUGCCUGGACCUCUUGAGCGGCGUCACGGAGGCUCUCGGCCCGGAGAUGUGCGAGCUCUUGGCGCACCAGAACUUGAACUUCCUUCCGCUGCUGGUGCGCUGCUGCCAAGACUCUUCGGCCGGCAUGCUGCAGUCGUCCUUCGCUCUCGUCGGCGACCUCUCCAAGCACUGCGUCAAGUUUCUCCAGCCCCACCUGGCUGUCCUCAUGCCGAUUCUGUCUGAGCACCUUUUGCACCACGCGACGAGCGUGCAGAACAACGCAGGCUGGGCGAUCGGCGAGUUGGCCCUUCGCGCAGAGCCGCAAUUCAUCGAGCCCCACGUCGACAACAUCGCCUCCAAACUCAUCGGCAUCGUCAACUGCCCGGAACUGCAUCGCUCACUCCUCCAAAAUGUCUCCAUUUCCCUGGGGCGACUUGGAAUCGUCUGUCCUGCGAAGCUCGCGCCUCACCUGGGCGACUUUUUGCAGCAGUGGUGCAUCAUCAUGCGUCACGCGAAGAACGACGAGGAGAAGGCGAACGGAUUCGACGGCAUUUGCUCUCUGAUCGAGCUCAAUCCUGAAGGAUGCAGGGACUGUCUGUACGAACUUGUCUUCUGCAUGCUCGCCUUCCAGCCUUGCCCGGAAAAGCUGAACCAGAAAUUCGCAAUUGUCCUUCAAGCGUUGAGCCGAAAAUAUCCAGAUCAGUGGCGGGCUCUCCACGACACGACACAGACCGCUUCCCCCUUCCUGCCUCCGCCCAUGCAGCAGGCCGUCCAGCUGCGCUUCUUCUCUGCUGGCCCGCAGCCAGCAGGGAGUCUUCCGAACAUGAACACCCACUCCUAA